AAAAUUUUCUGAAUGUGAAAUGCAAAUCAACAUGAAUCUAGAACAUAUUCAUCAUGACCAAAAGCAAGAGUAUAAUUCAUUAAAGAAAGAUUUAUUUGAGAUCCUGAGUGAAUACUGCAAAUUAAAGCAGAAUAUUCCUUUGAGAAAAGUGGUCCAAGCACAGAAGGAAAUUGAUGAAUAUCUAUGAAGUCUGAUCCAAGCUGAUUCUAUGAGCAUUACCAAAGAUUCUCCAAAUCCUUUAAUGCUCUUAAGUUCUAAAAAGAGGCAUCAAGUUAGACUGAUUUCCUGUGUUUAUUGGAUCUUCGAGAAUACCCAAAAUAAAGCUAUCGGCAAGAUUGAAAGAGAUUUAAAAGAACAGAAUGAGAAUAUUCUCGACUUAAUUCUUGAUAAUGGUCAAGAAGGAUGCCCUAUAAUGAAGAUGAAGCCAGAAAAUCUUGAUAUUCAAUUUGAAGAAGAUAAAAGCGAAGUUGAGUCUUUAAAAACUAAAUUUCUAAGGAGUAAUAGCACAAUCGAGGGAGAAUUAUUGACUAACCUUAAACUUGAAGAUAUGAGAGAUCUGAUAGUGAAGCAAUAAAAAUAACAACAAAACUCCAAA